AAUGUUGUAUAUUACUAUGCGUAGUACCAUGCUUCCGCCCCUAUGUACUGCUAAGUAUCACGUGACCUCUGGUAACGCAGCCAAUGACGCACAGAUAUCAUCACAGCGACGGUUAUAUCAAGUUAGUGAGUGACUGGUGUAACACUCACUAUAACAAACACUUCAUUGUAGUGGACGUUUAUUUGGAUAGCAUGGUUUAAGACCAACAGACAACUAAACAGUACUAGCCGAGAUAGAUCCGUUAACUAGCAUAACUAAAGAAGAAACGUCCUGCUCGCUCUGUACCAAGGGCGAAGAGCUCUGGUCUGUUAGUAUGAGGCAGGUGGCUGGCUGCUUGUCACUAUAGUAGUUUGGAUAUUUGGAAGACAUAGUCGCCCUGCUGUUUCUAUUGUUUCUUUUGUUGAUUUAAAUUGAUUUCCUAUCGAGUUGAUAUGAAGAGUCUUCCGUACUUCUGCCGGGGAGAAGUCGUCCGGGGCUUCGGGAGAGGAAGCAAAGAGCUCGGGAUUCCGACCGCCAACUUCCCAGACUCUGUGGUGGAAUAUCUCCCGGCAGACAUUGGCACAGGCAUAUACUAUGGCUGGGCAUGCGUAGGCAACGGGGACAUACGCAAGAUGGUGAUGAGCAUCGGCUGGAACCCCUACUACAAGAACACUAAGAAGUCCAUGGAGACCCACGUGAUUCACACGUUUAAGGAAGACUUCUACGGGGAGAUCCUCAGUGUGGUCCUGGUGGGCUACAUCCGUCCAGAGACCAGUUUCCCCUCACUGGAAGCUCUGAUCGCAGCCAUCAACAAUGACAUUGAGCAGGCCAAGUUCAAGCUGGAGCUGCCGGAGCACCUCAAGCUGAAAGAGGACAACUUCUUCACAGCCGCCAUCAGCACAACGACAACAACAACAAAGACUAUAAUGAACGGUCACUAACUCUCGGCCGUUUCCCUUUACACCGACAAACAGGUCCCCAUCCAGCGCAAACAGACAUGUAGACAUCUCCACAGAUGGUUAGGUUAGGUUAGAUAUCCCCCCCCCCUUUUCUUAAAUGCUUACAGAUGCCACACAUUUCCAUUGAGACAAACAUGGGCUUUGGCAUACAAAAGGGGCAUCGGGUCUCUUAUGCCGACUGUGUUGGUUUCAGAUGUACAGGUGCGAAAUGCAAGUCGAAAUUCUUCUGUAGCGGUUGAUGAUGGAUUUUAAGAAGGGGUUUGUUAUUCCACUGGUAAAAUGGACCCUAGACUUAGACUCGUCACUACUGUCCAAAUAUCAGGCAGGCUUUAUUCAGUUUGCCAGUCUACCAGCGACUGCUAGUUCUUGUGUUCAAGAGACAUGAAAUCUUAAUUUUACAUUGAUUGCACAAUGAACAGUUAUGCAACAGUCCUAACCCUAACCUGCUACAAUGCAAGGCUGGACUGGGCAAACAGAGGAGGUUAUAUUUGUCCUAUAUAGUUCCUAAGGCGGUGUCCCUCCUAUGUAGGCAGUAAAAUGUGUCAUGAAGUCACAAGAUCAGUUUCUCAUUAGAAACGGUCUAAUUGUGACCUACCAGAUAAUUUGUUUUGGUUGGAUAUAAAAAGAUUCCUUUCAGGCCAAACUUUCUUGAUGGUCCCUAAGCAGUAAUCUGUUAGUCAACCAGUAAUCUGAUAGAAACAGAUUGAUUUACUGAAGAAACAUAUUUGAUUUCAGCCUUGGAACUAUAUCUAAUUAGUCACUAUUUAAUUCAAGCUGUUCCGUGAAUCUGAAAACAUUUCUGUUUCAAAGUUUAAAUGGGGCAUAGAACAAAGGUCCUCGUGAGCUCUAGUUACACAUUACUUCACUAUCUGUCCCUCGACCCCUGCUGUCUUCACCCUCCUCCAAUGAUUUCUGUUGUGAAAGAAAUCAAGGCUCAGUAUGCCAAAGGGUAGCUUUGUUUGUGUUACCAAUUUAUAGUGAGGUGGAUAAACCAGUCAUAUCAGAGCAGGAAGUUAGGGAGCAUAUAGGGUGUUGUGUACUUCCUAAAAAAAAUCGUACCAACUGGCGAUGUGUUGACUGAUCCCAUGUCAGUUAUUUGUUAGAGUAAAUUAAUACUGUAAAACUACCAACAGAACUCUGUACAUAUUGGAGAGUAAAAAUAUAACAGUGUACAUCCAUCGAAGCCUUAUUUGUAACAUGGUUAGGGAAACAAGUGCUAAUAUUGUGGUCCAUUUUAAACCCAAGUUCUGCUGCACUUUGACAAGGGGGCCACCUGUAUGAUAAAUGAUCCUAUAUACAGUAUGUACAUACUAUAUAGUCUUGAUAGUUUGACAGAUACGGUAAUUUUUUUUCUUUCCUCAUAGAUAAUAUACAUGACAUUAAUGGAAAUUAAAUGUAACUAUUGACCGUGCUAAGAAAGAUCUGUAUUUCCAAUGAUUAGGCCCAAACAUUGGCCAAACUGCAUGUACAUUGUUUGUUCACAUGUAAAUAUCAAGACUUCUAUUGAUUUAAAAGAAAAGCUAACUGGAGAAAAUUUGGCAAAUGAUUACAUAUAUUUAAAUGUUUUGUCGUUUUAUUUAGGAAGAGCAAGGAUCUUGAGGUGAAAUGUUUUUAGCAUUAUAACUAAACACAGCUUCCUGUAACAUAAAACCUUCAAUAUAUAAUUUGGUUGAUCCUGCAAACAGAGCAUGUGUUCAAGUCUUUGGCCACCAACUGAAACAUUGGUUGUCUGUUUUUUAUAGUUUUUGAAUUAAUCAACAAUGGACAUUGCCUACUCAGCCUUAUCUUGUGCCCUGAAUACCAACAGUGUAUCAUAGAUGUGUGUCUAAUCUCUGCAAGAAGGCCUUUGUAUGUAUGCCCCAUGGGGAUUGAUUCUCCUAGGUGUGUCACAUGCGGGCCCACCUUGAUGCGUUUGUUUAAAUAUAUUAAUGGUAGAUGCCUUUAAGUUGUAUCUUCAGUAGGCGAACGUCAAACAAAAAAUUAACAGGCCUUUGUGGUUUUAGUGCGGUAGAAUAUGUUGUCAAUAGUUUGGUGUGACCAAAACCAAUUAUCCAUCCAAAAUGCAUGAGCACAGCUAAAACAAAGUAAAUAAAUGAAUAUAAAUAAC